AUGUCGCCUGAUUCCUGGACCAAGGAGAUGGUUUCGGCCAUCGGGUGUCGGGGCGGAAACGCUAUUACUGGAGCGUGGAUUCGAUGGAUUGACUGGCGUGAUUAUCGUCAUCGAGUCCGGGUGGCUCUACAUUGUUCAUCCGCCGAGUUCGAGUCCAUUCGUCAAGAGGUGAAAAGUUCGACACACUGUCGGAGGCAGUACUAUAUGGAAAACGGAAGUCAGGGUAACCUGUCCGGCAAGAGGGCGGAACGAUUGAUCCUGGAACGGGAUCUCAGAGCAAACCGGGUGACUGUACUUUCGGUGCGGACAGAGGACAAAGUGACCACGUCAUCAUUCGGUGGCAUGAGAAAAAAUGCGACGUCGGCGGCGGCGGCCAGAAAUUCAACACCCUGUGCGACCUGA